AUGCCUCUCUUUGAAGAGAGACCUGUGUGGUCGAAGAAUGCAAUAGUUGGGAACCUGAAUAUUGACAACUCAAGGCUGAAAACCAUCUUGCCUCUAUUCGCUUAUUAUUUCCUGACUGGACCGUGGCGCUCCCUGUGGGUGAGAAUAGGCUACGAUCCGCGUAAAGAUCCGACUGCUAAGAAGUAUCAAACGCUAGACUUCAGAGUUCGGCAAAUGUCUGUUGAUCGCAUGCCUAUCUCCAGUAAACGUGGUACAUUUUGCUAUCAGAAGCCAACAACAGUUUCUAAGACCCAGGCACAGGUAGCACUAAUACAGGCUGAUGACCUUGGAGUGGGUGAUGCUGCAGUGGCCUCUACAUCAACAGCGGGCACGCGGGAAGAACUGGAGAAAAUCACUUCAACAUAUACAUUCAUACCGAAUGUUCUGCCACCGUUUAGACAGAUGUUUUACCAGCUGUGUGAUAUUCAGGCACCAGAGGUUCAAGCAAUUGUCAGCCGCAAUGACAACAAGGUAGCCAAGGAAUUAAAAACAUUUACAUAG